CACAAGACAUUUUAUUUUCUAUCGUUCAGAAAGCUUUUUGGAUAUUCCCGGUACGUGUUCGACUUAUUCUCGGAAUUCGUUCCCUUGAAAUAUCGCUGCGUCACAUUACGUCAUGUAAAGAAAAACAAAACUCUUGGCAAUAUUUUAUAAUUUUAUACCAAUAUAUAAAAUAUAUAUUGUUGUUUAUAUUAUAUCGUAUUUUGAACAUUUAAAACUUUUUUCAUUUGUGGAUUAUGGCAUAUUGGUUUCACCGUAACCCUCUGAAAGCUACUGGUCCAGUGUCAUUCGAAAUAUUACGAAGUGGAGCGACUAGCUCAGCUGGUCCACAGCUACUGGGGUAAAUAUUUUGAAGUAUAAACAUUUGAAGAACAAAUUGAUAUGUGACAACCAAAAUAUCUGUGAUGUAUUUUCUGUGAAAACAGUGUAAUAUAAUUUGUAAACACCAAAGUAUGUAGCUCAAUCUUUCCAGUUCUGCAGAAAAAGCUACUGCUAUAGUGCUAGUUAAUAGUUGAUGAUAUUGGCAUCCACAUUAUUUAAUUAGUCGAUUUCAACUAAUUUUUGCCUAAAACAGAGAAGUUCAGAUUUGAAUUCCACGAUGGCUAUAGAGCACUGGCACAGAAUAAAGAUCAGUACCAGAAGGGCCACUCAGCGGUGCAACGUGUCCCCAUUUUUCUAUGCAAAAACAUGCAAUUGACUGGCUAGGAAGAUGGUGGCCAGCCAAUACAGCGUGUUCAUUGGCCAGAAAAUGUAAUCGACUGGCUAGGAAGAUGGCGGCCAGGGUGACAGAAACUUCAAAGCUUCCGACGUAAGUGGCCCUUCCGUGUGCCUUAUUCUGUGGCACUGGCUCAGUACGCAUCUGAUUGGUUAAUUGGGCAUGAAAUUAAAUCAAAACAAAAUUCACAAGAUUUGUGAACAAAGCCAGUGAUUGGCCAGUCCCUGAAUUAACAGAAGCCAAUCAAAUUUGUAAUUUAGUUAGAAACUAGUUUGUGAUUUAGACAAACUAUGUACUUGGUUAUAUGGAUGAUAGCAAGGAAUAAUCAGGUGGGUGACACUAGGAGGGGAGGGGCAGCAAGAGGGGGAAUCACCUCACCACACCCUCAAAUUUCUGAAAGCCUUUGAAUGGUGAUAGCAUAACUGUCUCCCAAAAGCAUUGAUAGGUCAUAAAUUGCAUUAAAUAUCGGGCAAAAAAGUUCUAAAAAAUGCCAUUUGCAGCAUCAAAAUGGUGGCAAUAUGAUGGCAAGUCAAAUUCCCCCCCAAUAUUUUGCAAAGUGUUUUUCACUGGCAGAGGUCCAUCAAUAGUACAAAUUGUUCCAAUAUGGUGGAUCACAUCAAAUAUUGGUUAUUUAAAAAACGACAAACCAUUUUGUAAAACUGAUUAAGUUACUUCCCAUCUUAAAUCUUGAAGUUAUCUUGUUGAAGAAUGAAAGUAGUGAUACAUUAAUACACUUCAGGUUGCAGCUAGAGCUCAUCAAUAUACACUUAUGUCUAGUUAAUGGAUGAUUCUAGCUAUAGACUAAAUUUUGAUCUGGGCAAGAAGAAAAAUUCCAUCACCACAGCUAGAAAGAGCAUGUUAAAAUUAGUAAAAUUGCAAAGUUUGGUUGCAAAAUGUUGUAAAAUGAGGAAAAUAUAGCCCUACGAAAUUUGCAAAUUUUGUAUUAAUUUGUAUUACGCAUGGGAAUUUUCACCAAUUUCGGCCCAAAUGUGGUGCAUUUUCCCGCACGUAAUACAAAUUAAUACAAAAUUUUCAAAUUUCGCAGGGCUAUAUUUUCCGCAUUUUACAACAUUUCGCGGCCAAACUGUGCAAUUUUACUAAUUUUAACAUGCUCUUUCUAGCUGUGGUGAUGGAUUUUGUUCUUCUUGCCUAGAUCAAAAUUUAGUCUAUAGCUGGAAUUGCCCAUUUGGAUGGUCCCUAGACUGCUCCCCAUGCAGCCACCUACUUUAUCAACACAGCCACCUACUCAGAAUAAUUCUCAAAGUCCUGUCAGACUCACCCACUUUUAAUUUUUCUCAUCUAAUUUUUUACCUCCUGUAAUUAAUUCUCAAACAACAGCGAACUGAAAAAAUGUCGAGCAAAGCUACUUGAAGUAAUCAUUGAACCAUCAAGCGAGAUAUCUACAGUGGAAACCAUCUUCCAGGAAUACCUAUCUCUGCUACAUGGGUUGUUGUACAACAUUGGUGGUGGAACAGGAAGUGCCGACAGCAAGCUAAGAAAGCUGGUCAGGUUCAGAUGGACAAGUUCAAUAUGUGGAAGUAUUCCAAUGUAAGGAAAAGAAAAAAAUUUUCCUCCCCCCCCCCAAAAAAAACAACAACUAACAUCUCCAAAACGCUGCUAAAUCCGAAUGUAAUGUGGGCUGUUGAUUUGAGAAGUCUACAAUAAAACUAUCAUUUUAAGCAACAAGGCUAUUAGCUGCUGUGGUUGGACAAAAGCUGGGUACAUGUUUUCCUAUGAAUUGGGUCAACUUAUUAAUUAGUAACACUAACAACUCAUGGUAUAAAAUAUAAGUAGCUUACUUGAAACUAUAUAAAGGUCCAACCCAUAAUUUCUUCCUGAAAUGUAAAACUUAAAUGUGAAAAGCUUGUUUAUAAAAAUUAAACACAUUGUCAUGAUGGUACAAUAUUGUUGGCCCUACUGUAGUUACAUUUGAAGCUUUGAGCUAAAUAUUAUUUAUUGGUACUUACUGCUUUUUACCAUGUACAGGGCCCAAAUUGAUUCAAAUUUUGAACUGGCAUCAGUAUGUGUUGAGUUUGCAAUGUGGUGCAUGAAGCAUGCCUCAUAUAUUGCUGAUAAGAGUGAGUAAGUAUUGUUAAAAUGCCAUAUUUUAUUACAAUAAAAUAAGUACUAACAUAAUAAUUCAUGAAAGCCAAUCAAAUUGCUUUAUUUUGGUCACAUGAUUAUGGUGAAAAUCUGGUAAAGUAUACCUUGAUUAAGUUUUAGAGCUGACCUUCCGGAAAGUGCGUCAUCUUACUAUAGAGCCUCGUUUUCGUAGCGAGCUUAAGAUCUACAACGCGAACUUACGACGCGGACGUCGCAUUAAACAAGUUUUAUUUUAAAACGAUGGCAAAUUCCAUUAAAAUAUUUGUAUCACAGUAAAUAAAAUGAAAUUAUACUGGGAAAAAUGUACAACAUAACAGAGGCUAGCAAUAUAUUAAGAAGAUAUUUUUUAUCAUAAGUUUUUACGACUUCUAUGACGACGAAUCUUUGCAAAUAUCACGUCGUCUCGGAUGGUAGUUUUGGCGGGAAAAUGUGCAUUCAUAACAAUAGUCUAUAAAGCCUGGUUUCUAUCAUUUCGUAUGGCUGUUAACGUGUCAUCACAGUGUCAUCACAGUGUCACAAAUCUCAAAGAAAUAAACUCUGACAACUCUGACUAGGCUUACACUCGAAAACUAGGCUUAGGUAAGCACGUCCGCGUCACAAAUUCGCGUUGUAGAUCUUAAGCUCCCUAAUGUCACAUAGACGAAAACGAGGCUCUAUUUGGCAAGCGACGUACUUAUCUUGCGUAAGAGACAUUUGUUUUGUUGUAAGACGCAACACCUAAACUGUUUUUUGGCCAAUGUUUUGUUUCAUAAAAAUACUAGAGCAAAUUAGGGAUCUAUACCUACAACAUACAACUAACGAAUACAAUAAGUACUAGUUAAAACAUGAGCAGCAGUGUUUUAUCAGAUAUAUGAUGACUCCAUCGCUCCAUUACCCAAUCCUUAACGUAAACGUUGUUUUAGUAUUACUAUGGAGGAAGCGAAAGAGGUUCACACGUGUUUAAAAAAAGCAGGUGGAAUAUUUCACUAUGUCAAGGUUAGAACAAUAUUUUUUUAAUAAAAACAGAUCAGAAAUAGUGUGUUCGCACCAGUUUUACAAUAGCAAACGUUCGCGCACCUGUAUCCUGCGCGAAUUCUAAUACCAACUCGUUUCCGUUACUUAUAGGAAAGUAUUAUCAGCAGCCUGGAGCAACUGCCCGAGGCGAAAACAACAGACAUUGAUGUGCGUGUUUUAGAUGCCUAUAAACUGCAAUGUAUUGCUGAAGCUCAGGAAGGUAUGAUGGAACAAGACAACCCUUUAAUUUCCACGCGUGCUAAAGUCAAUAUCGCUCAUGACUUUUCUGGGAAGUGCGCGCACCUGUUCACCACUGAAAUUAUUUUAUUUUUUUUAGUGACCGUUGCGCGGGCAGUGGAAUUGAAACAUAAAGCAUCGCUUAUCUCAGCACUGGCGUACGAAACAUCUGAAUUGUAUUCACAAGCUGGUACCUCGAUAUAAAGCACCUUCUUUUUAUAUUUAAAAAAUAUCUCAGCUCAACCAUUCCGCAUCCGUUUAAUUUUUUGAGCACAAUUUUUUCCUCUCUUUUCGUAGCGGAUUCUCUCAAGUCUAUGGAUGUGACAAGGGCAGGCAAGUGGAGGAAAUACCUGGAAAUUAAACACAAUUUUUACCUUGCUUAUGUAAGUGAUCAUGUUAAUAUAACUGACCUUUUAAGGUAGAGUAAUACGGACAACAAAAUUGCUGCAACUUGCAACAAAAUCUGAUUUCUACGCAUGUUAAUUGAAAAUGUUUACACAUACAUUACAAAUCAUGAGGCAACAUGUGUCAACAUUUCUACUUAACAUGCGUUGAAAUCAGAUUUUGUUGCAAGUUGCAGCAAUUUUGUUGCCCGUAUUACUCCAGCUUUAUUAGCUUGUGCACACAAUGAUAUGUUAAUAUUUUACGUUUCAGGGCUAUUGUUAUUAUGGCGACGUUCUUCUCAGUGAAAAAGAACAAUGCGGUGCUAGUAUAAAAGUUUUGCAAGAAAGUGAAAAAUGUAAGUGUGUGUGUGAGCAUACGUUUUUGAUCUUAAGAAAAGAUGGAGGAAUAAAAUAACAAGACAAUGAAUUUUCUAGCGUCACGGAAUGUACACAGAGACGGUGAUAUGUAUUGGGAGGUUCAUUCCGGAGGGCAGUGGAGUAUUUAAGAGAGCGAUUCAGAAUGAUAUCCCAUUCGAGGCAUUCUCUUCGCCCUUCGCCAAUACACGAGCUAUAAUCAUUAAAUUUAAUAAUUGUGAAGAAUGAACUGUGUAAUAAUUUAUGUAUCUGACGAAUUUGGUAAUAAAGAGAUGCCCGCCUCCUAUAUUCUCGAUGUUGUGUUAAUGCAGUUUAUGUAGAAAAUGCUUUAUUCUCGUCACAGAAUGUAGAGAGUAUAACAAUAUAUUCUUGAGAAAAACACGUGCGCUUGAAUAUGGAUUUGUGCCCGCCCCAGUUGACUCGACAGCUCAAUUGUUAGAGUGUCAGCCCGGUUCACUGAAUAUGCGAAUUCAAAUCUCGCUUGAGUCAUGAGUAUAAAAUAGCAAGACACGAGAUGGCCAAUUCCGAUUGUAACAUAAAACAGCGGCGAAAUUUCAAAAGCAACAUGGCAACAUUUCGAAAUUGUGACAUUACGAGUUGUGAAAUCCGACAAGCAACAGCCCUCCACAUUAAGGGACUAAUUGACUUCAUAUUUCAUUUGCCAUCCCUAGUACUCCAUAUCUCUUGCAAAAUGAAGUAUUAUUAUAUGUUUAUCUUUAGUGUACCAAGCCGCACGUAGUAUGUGCCAAGAGUAUUCCGCACUUAAAGCGCCCGCGACCACAAUAGCACGACCAGCGGAUCAUCCUGUCUUCAAAACACUUGGAAGUGCGAUUAAGACCAAACUUGAGAAGUCCACCCGAGAGAAUAGCUUUAUGUAAGUUUGAAAGAAACUUCAUCUACAUUUGCAUAAAUCACGACUAAUUAAACUUUGUAUAUUUCCAUCAUUCGAACAUAUACUUUAAUAAGGUAAAUAAGUAACGAAUUACCCACGUGUUCACUUGUAAUCAACAUCGAGAACAAAUGUUGAAAAACGUCUUCAUUUUCUUUUGUUAGAUAUUUCCACAAGGUCCCGGAGGAAGUGCCAGAAUUAGAGAAAAAAGCCGCACAUGGUUUGGCCAACCCGCAAGAAUUUUCGUUGCCUUCACCACACGCGCUGUGGACCAAGGAUCUGUAUGACAGUAUUGAUGCCGAGAAAGUACCCAAAGAAAAGGUAAGGAAAUAUAUCCAGCAUUCCAGCUAUCUUCGAGUCGGCAUUGGAGAAACAAGAAUAAUAACUGGAGCCAAUUAUGGAAUUAGAUCUGCUGAGGUCCUUGAUCUACUCUUUUGCGAAUCUUUUUCUAGCCAUGCAUUACAUUAUUACUCAUAACGAAUAGAGGAAUGGAUAGUAAACUAUUCACAGCGGUCCCCCCCCCCCCCACUCUUUAAAGUGGGGGUAGAGCUCAGUGAAGAAGAAUAAAGAUGUGGGGUGGGGUGGGGUGGGCGGGAAAGAACUUGCCCAACUGCCAAACCGUUAAGGAAUGGGUAAAAACUCUGAGGGGGAAUCACGCUCAACCUCGUUCCCAGGGUCUUUAGGAAAGACCCUGGUAUCGGCUGGUCACGUGCCUCGUCCAAAAUUGAUUGCCCGAGGGGGGUGUGGUGAAAGUAUCAAAUUACAAACAGUUAAAAACAUAAAUUUUGCGAACUAUUACCUGCAGUAAGUUCAAAGUACUUGCUAAUUUUUGUUUAUUUUAUUUGCAUUGAAUUUACAAGAACAUUCUUACAUUUUUACCAACAGUCAAGUCAAGAAACCAAGCAAAUCGUUACUCGCAGUGCUUUCUCGUGUUAUUAUUAUUCAAUGCUCUCUUCACACUCGACGCGGUUUUAUAACAAACGUUUAUGGGCUUUUCAGUGGUCACCAUUUCUACAUAUCUAAUGUUUUUAAAACACGCAUUGGAUUUGUCCUUUUUUGUAAACGUUGCUGUGCUUUGCACGUCUUGUUUAUAAAGAUUUUUAAAAGAAACAGUAUUGUAUUGUAUUGUCUAGGAGUAGAGCCCAAUAUCAGCAAAUGUAAACAUUUGAUACUAGCCAAACAGAGAAAUGUCUGUCAGUGAUUUAUCUUUAAAAUUUUGGAUUUAGUACAUAAUUCGUAAUCAUUAAUUAUAGUAAGGCUUUAGCCUUUUUCUUGGUCAGAUAAUGUUUUCCUAAUAUGCACACAACUAGGCUAUAAUCUUCAUCACAAAUUUACAGUGUCAGACGCGCACAGACUGCCAUACGAAUACACAUAAAUUUUCGAGUUUUCUACUUCUACUAAGGCUACUAACAGUCUUCAUUGCGUCUCAAUCAUCUGUUUAUUUCUAAUUCAAUAAGUUCAUUAAAAUUAUAUCUCUAUAUUUAUUUGAUAGUGGCAUAUAUAGUGAUACAUGUAGGCUAUAGUAUUUACACACAAGCAAUCCUGGAUAUGAUAGAGAAGAUACAAGCUGUCCAUUAAAAAAUAACGGUAUUCUAUUUCACAAAGCAAAAAAUUUAAAUCUCACUUGUAUUAUUAAGAAUAUAUAUAAAGCAGAAAAUUAAAGCGUGUGUCAAAACGAAAGCUGUUUAUAAAAUUUAUAAAUGUGGUAUAAACACAGUAGUAAACAGUAAGACAAAUAUAUUGUCGUUUGACUUAUCUUUGAUGUAUGAUUUUACUGUAAUACCGUAGAUUUUCAACAGACAGCUAGACUUUGACAUAUACCAUGAUCGUUGAGAUCUUGCAGGAAAUUUUAUAGUCUUUUGACGGGAUUUAAGUUUUGUGAUAAGGCCUUUAUAAUCAACAAUCUUGAUACAGUUGGCGUCUUGGCGAUAUUUCGGAAAUCAAAAGAUCUCGCUAUUUCGUUCCAAUUCCACAUCUCAUCAAUAAAUAUAUUCUUUUGGUCCGAGUAUCAGGAUAUACUUUAAUACUAACAGUUAAAUAAAUAUAAACCACAUUGGUCGGUCUAGAGACAUGAAUUUUCUUGUAGGCUUAAUAUUGCCACGCCGCCCAGGCGUGCUUUCUUUUGUAAGUUGAAAUCUGAUCCAACUUGCUUGAAUUGUAACUCGACACUAGAUUAUAGAGCAAAAAGUCACGUCACGAUAAAUAUUAAUUUUUAAUUGCAGUUCUCUUCACGAUUUCUUGUUGCAAAUUUAAAUUUCAUCGCACAAAAUUGUAAAUAUUGUUACAAACGCGACAAAAACGCUCCUCUCCCACCCUACUCAUAGUAUCAUUUUAAUUUAUCACCCAGAAUCUGGGUGACACGUGACCAGCCGAAACCAGGGUCUUUCCUUCGCCUCGCGCCGUUCUAAGAAAGACCCUGGGAACGAGGUUGAAUCACGCUUCCGAACAGGCUGUACUCGUUCUCGGAUUACUCACUUGUGAAAUCAUUAAUAAUUCAUGAAGAAAACACAAAAUAAAUGAUAACGUCUCUAUCUGAUACUUCUCUAUGAUGAUAAGCGUGUCUAUCCGAUACUUCUUCAUGCUGAUUUACAGUCUGAUUUACAGCCGGGUUACAGUCCGUAAUGUAAACAAACGCUUUGUUUACAUUUUGAACUGCUAUAUUUCUUAAAAUAUUAUGAACUGUCAGAAAAUUUAACACUAUUUUGGUUCGCUAUACUUUUAAAUAAGUAUGAGCUAGUGUUUAUGUUCAGAAAUAUACAAAACAUGCGAAAUUUGCACAAUUUUGAAAUCCAGUAGUCUACCUUUGUUAUGAGCAGAACCGAUGCGCAGAACGGACUGUAACCCGGCUUUAAGUUCAAUUUUCUCACCAAAUAUCAUUAAUUUAUUCUAAUGUUUUCACCAAGACGUUUCACAAGCGUCCGUCAAGCCUUCGGCUCGAUGUUGUACUUGUAAAUAAUAUUUAAAUACGUGGGGAUACCGCUGAGAAUAGUUAUAAAUGAGUUAUGAAUAAUAUUUUAUGUUUUCUAGGCUCCUACCAAUGAACCAAUCAAACCAAUACCUGAAAAGAAUCAAGGAGGUUCGUCCUUCUCGUCAUGUGUGAUCUCAUAAAAUGUUCUGCCGUUUCUAUAAACUGGACUACCAACUCAAAUUUUCUAUACGUAUAAGCAUUAAUUUAAAAUAGAAUGUUAAUAAUAUAAGGGGGAAAGUCCUGCGGAUGGAAUCUAGAUUCUUCAAUGUAGAUCGCUUUAAUAUGAAUUUGUAUACUUUAUGCUCGACUGAACUUGUAGCCAAAUUUGUCUAAUACGGAGUUUUGGAUGUUUAGUUGUUUAAUAUGGGGGCAAAUAGUUGGAGAUAAUUAUGUGAAACUGACAUUAGAUAAAUGCGGCUACCCUUGUUAAUAAAAUUGUUACCCAAUUCACAAGUUUGGAUAACCCACAAUCAUAACUGUUCUAGUUUAAGAAUGCAAAACUACUCGAUCAUUAUUAUGCUCAGUUAAUCGUACAAAGUUGUCCUUCAGCAGCAUUAUAUGAAUGUUGUGUUCGAGUGAGGCCAGAAGCUACUGUUGAAAGUAAAGCCUAACUUAGGCGGCAAAUUUUAAUAUAAAAACUAUAAAAAUAUAAAAAGUUAAUAUCGGAAUGAUUAUUCCUCUUCCACCCCUUCGGUCAUAUACAUUUAGUUAUACAAAGUUGUGAAUUGUGGGUGCAGUGCGAGCCGAAAUGAUUAAAUUUGUAUUGGUAAAACACUU